AUGGCCAAACUCUUUGGCAAGAAAACACGCGACGCAAGCAAUGGAGUUGAUGAGCAGAGCUUCGAUAAUGAAGCUCUUAGCCAGCUCCAAUCGCCCACCUCUUACUCAAAUGAAGACGAGAAGAGACUCGUUCGAAAGAUAGACUUCAGCAUCCUCUGGGCUAUCAUUCUUGCUUGUCAUGCGGCUACCACCAAUUUUUCUACGCUUAUGGUGGUCCGAUUUUUCCUCGGGUGUACAGAGGCCAGCCUGUCCCCGGGUUUCUCCUUGCUUACGUCCCUCUGGUAUCGAACAUCCGAGCAACCAUUACGCCAUGGGAUUUGGUUUUGUGGGAAUUCAAUCUCGCUCAUUCUCGGAAACUUAAUUGCAGUUGGUAUUUGGCAGAUUCAUGGUAGCUUGGCGCCAUGGCAGUGGUUGUUCAUUAUUUUCGGAGUUGUCACUUUCCUCUUUGGCCUUGUCAUGUUUUUCUUCUUGCCUAAUUCGCCCACCGAUGCCGACUUCCUAACGGAGGAAGAGAGAUAUAUCGCGAUGGAAAGAUUGAAGGCCAACAAGACAGGAUACAAGAAUACUCAUGUUGACCGUGUCCAGAUUAAGGAAGCUUUCAAAGAUGUCAAGACAUGGUUACUUGCAAUUCUCGUCCUUGGGUUAGAUAUUCCGAAUGGAGGAUAUACUACGUUCAAUGGAUUGGUGUUGGAAGGAUUUGGUUUCUCUGUUUUCCACACACUAUUGCUAGGUAUUCCUGGUGGAUUUAUAGUAUUUCUAUUUGUUUUGGCCGGGGGUAUUAUUACAUCCAGAGUGCGCCAAAUUCGAUGUAUUGCCAUUGUUAUAGUAACCAUAAUAAGUAUAAUCGGUUCUGUCCUUGUCUUCGUGACAACCUCUAAAGCCUCGCGCUACGUCGGUCUAAUUCUCAUGGGUGUCUACUCUGCCGCAAUGCCUAUAUCCAUGUCGAUGAUCAGCUCCAACGUUGGAGGGUUCACAAAGCGUGCUACCGUCAGUGCUAUUUUCUUCGUCAUGUACUGUGCAGGCAACAUUGUUGGACCGCAGCUAUUUUUCUCGUGGCAAGCGCCCAAAUACCAGAGUGGGUUUUUGGCAAUUAUAGUUUGUCUUGCCGUCUGUGUUGUAGACGGUCUUGCAUUGCUGUGGUAUCUUCGUUGGGAGAACAGAAGGCGGGAUCGCAUGGAAAUCGAGACCGAAUCCGCUGGCGAGAAACACGCCGACAGAGAUCCAAGCAGCGGCCUGGUGGACAUGACUGAUUUUGAGAACAUACAGUUCCGCUCAAAGGGCAUUUUUGUCAUUGGCGGCAAUGGUGCUCUUCAGUGGGAAAACUGGGAGGCAUGGCCAGCGAAGGGAGAACAAUGCUACAUGGAAUCGUCCCGAUCAACACGCUGCUCCUACGGCCGCAUUUCGUUGUUCUCGGCUGAAGUACAGACAGCUCAGCAUAUCCAGGCAGUGGUUAAGUUUGGCGCACAACACAAUCUUAAGCUAGUCAUUAAAAACAGUGGACAUGACUUUCUCGGCCGCUCAUCCGCUCCACACUCACUGCAGAUUCUCACCCAUCAACUGAAAGACAUCUCCGUCGAUGACAGCUUUGUUCCUUACAUUCCUUCUCAUAUCCAGGCGCCAAAAGGAGUGAAGGCCGUUACGCUUGGCGCUGGAGUCCAGCUGUACGAGAUGUAUGAAUAUCUGGGCACGCAGAGACUGAUGGUUGUUGGGGGCUCAUCCAAUACCGUUGGCGCAGCUGGAGGAUAUAUACAAGGUGGAGGCCAUUCUAUCAUGAGUUGGCUUCAUGGUAUGGCCAGUGAUAACGCCAUUGAGUUUCAGGUAGUAAUUGCAGAUGGCACGCUUAUUUUUGCCAAUGCGUAUCAAAACGCCGAUCUAUUCUUUGCUCUGCGAGGAGGCGGCGGUGGUUCAUUUGGAGUUGUGGUCAGCGUGACCGUGAAUGCAUACCCGGAUUACCCAGUGCUGUUUGCAACGACAAACUACACCUUGAGUAAAUCAAAUGGUCCGUUUUGGAAUGGUGUCCAAGCAUUCCAUAAUCACCUGGUUGAGCUCAACAACCACGGCGGCAGUGGGUACUAUCUAAUUGCACCGCAAGUUCCGGUUACAGAAAGCCAAACGGAGGCAACAAGCGCACUCUAUAUGUUUUUCGUCAACCAAACCGACAUGAGCGCUGUUGAGCCACUCUUUUCUCCGCUAAUUUCGGACCUGAAGAAUGCAACCGGCGCUGAACCUUCAUACUCUACUGAAGCCUUUCCGUCCAUGUCGAAGAUGUACAGAUCUUUCUUCAGGGGCAAUGACACGACCGGCACAAUGCUCCGCGUCGGCUCGCACUUGAUGUCUCGGUCUUUAUUUGAGACUGGAUCCUCGCAAAGGCUUACCAACGCCUUGGAAAAGCUCGAGAUAGGCCUUGAUGAUUAUAUCCUCGGAGUGGCUCUUUCCGGAGGCAAAGUCGCCAGAAACAGAGCUAUGGAAACUGCACUUAAUCCCGCCUGGAGGGAAACGCUGGUCCAUGUGAUGUUUACACAGACAUUGAGCGCAAAUAUGUCUUUUAGUGAGCAAAAUGCUAUAGCGGCUAAUGUUACAGAUCGAGUAUCACAGCUGAAAUCGGUCGAGUCAGGCAGAAUGGGGGCAUAUCUGAAUGAGGCAGAUGCCGAUGAGCCUGACUUCCAGCAGUCGUUUUGGGGCUCGACCUAUCCUCGUCUACGCGCAAUCAAAGCGGAGAGAGACCCAAACGAUCUCUUUAUAGUUCGGAAGGGCGUCGGUAGCGAGAACUGGGAUGAUAGCGGAUUAUGUCGUAUCUACUAG